AUGUCUUUCUUUAUAAAUUUGCCACAAAGCACCAUAAGAGCAUUAUCAAUAGGUAUUUUUGUUAAUUAAGAAUUAGAUUUCUAAAUUUAAGAAGUUUCACCAAAAAUCAAGCUAAUCAGAUCUAGAGCAUUUACCUUCAACAAAAGUAAUCUUAAGAAAAACUCAUACACCAUCUCUCCUAGAAGCAAUUUAAGAUCACCCAAGAUUAUUUUAAAACCUAUAGCUCACGACUUUCAAUUUUUUAAAUUGUAAAGUUGCCUUAAUGAUUCACCCAUCUUAGAUAAAAAACUUCCAAAAUGUACACCUAAAAAAUAAUUUAAAUUACAACCUACUAUUGACUUUAGUGUCUCUGGAUUUGAAACUACUGAUGUAGAGAUGGAAGAUUUCUUGCUUUCAUCAUAUGUUAAAAAAUAAUGA